CGAACACGCUUUUGCUGCCUGGCCGUCGAAGCGACACCGUAUCGCGACACACAAUCCAGCUCUGGGACCCUCUUCGACGCCUCGAAUCGCGACUCCUCCGGUUUUUCGGCCAACACGAUCACGGCCCGCGGAUCAUACUCGUUCAAACAUCACGCAGCGAUCGGAUCGGUGCAACCUCCGCUCCUAACAUCACAGAUGCUGUCGAGAAGGACCCGAGGACUCGAUGAGUUAACAGUGUCGAGGACGAGAUUCUCUUGGAAAACGUCUUUUUAUUUGAAGACUCCGUGUUAGAACUCGAGAGAGAAAGAGAGAGAGCGAGGGAGAGAGAGUGAGAGAGGAGAGAGAGAGAGAGGACGAGGUGAUUGAGGACUAGGUGAAUACCGUCGUAAGAUCGUUGGUGUGCGAUUGUAUCAGGACGAGAGUUAUCGAGCAAGAUUUGUUAGGUGAUACAUGUCAUCUCGCGUCAGCUGGAUGAUCGAGAAUUCCCGUAAAAGUUUCAUUGGAGCUUGAUGGAAGUAGGAGUUUAAAGAUGGAAGACUUCUCGUAGAAGAAUGACUAAUUGCUGUGAAUAAGGAGGGCUCGUGAAGAAAGUUUGAGGACAUUGUGCGAGUAAGUGACGCGUAACGGAUACUUGUUUCUUGCGCGUCGAUCAGCUGGUUCGACGAAACUUUCGUAUACCUGAAUUCUGAUCGGAAAUUCACGUUUGCGAUCUUCGGAAACUGUCGGGCAUGUGCAUCCGCCUCGAGGGCAAAUCUAAGAAUCGAACAGGUCGACCGAACUUUCAACGACUCGCCACCAAAAUUCGCGAGAGCCUACAGAUACCAAUGGAAACAGGCAAGCUCUGCCACGUACAUCUCGAACGGUGCGUUUAUUAACCGAACAACGAUAUAAUUCAACAAGUGUUUGCGAACCAAAGUGCCAAAGCAAGAACAGAAACCUCAAAGACUCGUCGUCAGUCUGAUGUUUCCAAAGUGUCGUCGACGAAUAUUAUCCGCACGUCCAAGUAUAUAUUAUCGAAAGUAAUAAAUAAUAUACGACGAGAAACUGGUGUCAGUGUUAAACGAGGGCACGAGUAAAUCAUCGUUGUGUCAGUGAUCGGGAAGACUGUAGGGGAACAGUUGGCGGGAAGAGAACGUUUGGGGUAGAUCGUGGAUCUCGCGAGCGCGUCGCACGGUAAAGGGGUUCGAAAGGUCGACGGUGAUCCGCGAGGGUGCGGAGGUAAUCGGGAAAGUGUUGUUCAGCCACGAGUCCAGGAUUCUCACCCCCGGAGGCGGUACCAUUUCACCCGGGGGCGCGGGGCCGCCCGCGAGCCCUUCUUCGGGACACUAUCAUCCACCUACGCAUAGUCCACCCUUGGUCAAGAUUGGAUCAGUUCACACUCACCAGCCGAACAAUAACCACCACCACACGCAUCAUCAGCAACAGCAGCAGCAACAACAACAACAACAGCAGCAGCAGCAGCAACAGCAGUCGAGUCAACCGCAGGUGCCAGGGGCAGGGGGAGGUGGAGGGCCGGGGGGUGGGACGGUGGCCAGGCCAGGCGGCAUGUUCUGCUACCACUGCCCCCCGGGUCUUCCAACGCCACGGUUACCACCUACCCUCGAGUAUCCAUUCGCUGCCACUCACCCUUACACUAGUUACUCCGCGUAUCAUCCAGCCUUGCACGGAGUCGGCGAGGAUUCUUUCGUGAGACGAAAGCAAAGGAGGAACAGAACCACGUUCACUCUUCAACAACUAGAGGAACUGGAGUCAGCGUUUGCGCAGACACAUUAUCCGGAUGUCUUCACGAGAGAGGAUCUGGCGAUGAAGAUUAACCUCACCGAGGCCAGGGUUCAGGUGUGGUUUCAAAAUCGUAGAGCCAAGUGGAGGAAAAGCGAACGUUUGAAGGAGGAACAGAGAAAAAGGGAAGGUAACGGGGGAGGUGGUGCAUUGGAAACGACAGGUCUGGCACCGCCAACGUCUUCGUCGGCAGGUCCAAGUCCCACAGGACACGACCCUGAAGGAACAACAAGCAGCAGCGCCCCUGACGCGGAGGACGCCGGCCCAGAUGGAGCUGGCGGAUCGAGGAGUCCCAGCACGACUUCCGCGUCGGUCAGUCCGCGGCCUCAGCAGAGUCAGCCGUCCUUGGGUGGCGUCUCGACGCCACCGCCAACCCCCAUAAGGGCGCCGCCGCCACCACCUAGCACCAUGGGAGGUCUCGGCCCACCCGGCGAGAGCGGCCCAGGAUUAGCGGCGGGUUUCAGGCCAGUCGAACCACCCACGUCUCUGUUCUUCUCUCCGCACUUGGCAGCGCAAUUUUCUCCGCCACUCUUCGGUAACAAGGUGGUCAGUAGCGCGCCAACAUCGCUAACCUCGACGACUCCGUCGCUCUGGACCUCGAGCGAUCAUCGACCUGGAAGCUUGCAGGACAUGUUGUCCUGGUCUCCGGCCGGAUGGCCAGGUUCCCUGUGUGGCUGCUGCAAGCCUGGAACCGGGGAUCUCCACAGGAACAGCAGUCUGGCCGAGUUAAGAAGAAAAGCUCAGGAACACUCGACCGCUUCCGCGCUUCUCGGUGGGCUGGCCGGUUUUCCUGGAGGUUUGCCGUUGCCGUUGCCCCUGCCGUUGUUGCCGCCGUUGUUGGGGCUGUCCAGGAGGCCUGAACACCAUCAUCAUCAUCUGCCGAGCAUGGUGCACCAAAUACAGCCGACCACAAAAGAGGAUCCCUAGGAUCGCGUGCAGCGCUCGCCUGACGGGCUCGUCGCCCCUUGACACUGGGCAUGGCAUGUAUUUGUUUCAAGACGUUGGUUCACGUUUCUCCUAUUCUUUUACGGUUUCUCUUCGGUUUCGUUUAAGAAUGACGACAUUAGGGGAACGGUUAGCGAAUUUCUCAAGAAAAGGCCUCGAGGUUUGAAAACUGAUGAUUUCUUGCGUGGGAUUGCGCAUCUAUUCGUUUAAUGGGAAAUUUAUUCGUUUCGAUGUAAACGUCGUUCCUUUAGAAAGUUACUCGAUGUUCGAUCGAAAGAUGAAAACAAGCUGAUAAUCAAACGACUUUAAAGAACUGAAUGAUCUGUUUGAAGUGAAAUUUGCCGAAACUAGAUUAAACGAAAGUACAAUGAAAGCCGAAGCUUUCGAAACUUCUUUUACCUCGUUUCUCGUUUAGUUAUAGAAAAGAUUAAAAGAUAUAAUUCUAAUGUAACUAAUUAAUAUUUACGUCCACGAUAACGAAAAAUCAAACUAGGAUACACGCGGUUAGACGACACGAUCAUUAGACGAUUUAUAUAUUCUUUCAAACAUAAUUUUUCGUCCCUUGUCUCGCGUGAACGCAGUUUUGCCUUAACGAAAGAAGCAUGAUUAACGAAAGUCUAAGAUCGCGUGACAAAUUUUACUUUUAUCGAAAUCGAAAAACGCUCGUGAGAACUUUUACGGCCAUCUGUAGAUAAUUCACAAAUUGCAGUGGACUGUCGCCAAUAAAUAGACUAUGAACGAUGAAUUGAUCACCGACGCUGUACGACUAAGUACUCUUUUUUCUGGUUCAAAUAUGAGAACGGAUCGUCGAUCGCAAAGGACCAACACGUGCCUGAUGCGCUCUAUACUUAAUUGUCUGACAGGCGAAAUCAAAUGUUUCGAUCUGCGCAGGAACGUUCGAAUAUCCGUUAUCGAUCAUUUUUUAACUAAUUUGAUUUGUAAACGAAAUGGAUAUCCGUAUUACUGUGAUGACAAAGAAAUUCCGUAGUUGCAAAGUAAGUAGAAAACAUAGAUAUUUAAUAUCGUUAUAAACGUAACAUUUAGAAUUCACGAUUUCAUGAAAUGAGAUAUCAUUGCUUAUAAACUCAAUUGAAAAGUUAAUUAUCGGUCAAUCCGGCGAUUUUAUUUUACGUAUAAUAUUUGUUUGAGAAUUUUCUAACUUCUUUUCCGUUCCUAAUAUAUAUUUAAAAAAGUGUGCUUCUCUUGACUCUAAGAGGAGGAAACACGAAUUAAUUUGUAUUCCGUGAUAGGAUAAUUUCUAUUAUCGCCCCUAAAUCGAAUCUAUGACAAUUUUCUUGAAUUAUAUGAUUACUCUAUCGCAUUAUUCAAAUAAUACGGAUAUCCGUAUUAUCCGAGUAACACGGAUAUCCGCUUUACUCGCGCGACACAAGCACGCGCCUCAGAUAAUGUUUCUAUCACUUAACAAGAAACGAAAAGAGAAAAAAAGAAAGCUGAGAAGAAACUAGCUCCGCCUCGUUCCUCGAUAUAUUCGAAGAUAAUCGAAUGCACAGAUACGAGGAUGUCCGUCACCUUAAAUAACAAAGUGUCCGGAACACUUUGAAUCUGUUCGUUAGAGAGAAUUAAUUUUUCAGGUAAGGCAAACUGUGAAAGUUUCAGCCGUUUUCCCAAUCCUUUUAUUAUCCAAGAAGAAAGAUGAAAUCUUUAAGCUUUGCUCUAAUUACGAAAUUCUCUGCAUUAUAAAAAGGGAUAACGAUAUUGGAUCAAGUAAUAGAUUGAAUAACGAAGUAUUUGAAGAGUGAAAAACAAUUUCAAGCUGUUUUUGUAAUAAAAUAAAAUGGAUAAAAAUGAUAAGUUGAUCGUUUUCGUCACUUUGAUAACUCGAGUGUUAAAAGAAACGUCGAAAAUCUCCGGUUAUUUCCGAUCAAAUUAAGGGUGACGAGCAUCCUCUAAAAUCACGUUAUGAUUUUAAAGGAUGGACACGUUAGCCACGAGUCGACGGCUAUUCGUACACGUCUUAAAAUAAUUUCCAUCGACGUAAUGAUAUAAUUUUAGGAAAGUCAAGGGAGUGAAAUCGCUGUACGAGUGCUAUCCAUCGUAGAGAUACGAGCCAAUGGUGUGUAUAUAUGCACGGGAAAUAACGAUAUAAGAGACGACAGUCCCCUAAACAAUCACGUGCUAUGUUCAUUUUGAUCGUCUCUACGAUUCGUGCUCGUGAUUAGUUAAGAAUCGUUUCGAUUGCGUUACAGUACGAUCAACGUUCGUUCUUUUGGAUUACGAAGGCGUGGUAUAACGACAUAACGACGAAAGACACGUAGAUACUAGUAGAGACCUGUAUAUUAAAUCCCGGUGAAUCGUCAGUGCUAAUCAAGGAUAAUCUAAUAAACAAUAUGUUACAAACUAGCAACUAUCAUGUAGCUUGAACUGAAUUAUAGUGAAUUAUUCGAAUAAACAUGUUCUCUCGUGAUAAAA